GAUCGCAAGAUCUACUUUGCUCUGACGGACCGCAUUGCCCGUACUGCCGACGAUGCUGGCGGUGAUGCCUGUACCAGCCUUGGCAACUACUGCGGCGGUACAUUCAAGGGUCUUCAGGGAAAGCUUGACUACAUCAAGGGCAUGGGAUUCGACGCCAUCUGGCUCACACCCGUUGUCAAGAACUCUGACGGCGGCUACCACGGAUAUUGGGCCACCAACCUCUACGACAUCAACGAGAACUACGGUACCGCUCAGGACCUCAAGGACCUGGUCAGCACCGCCCAUGAGAAGGGAAUCUACAUGAUGGUCGACGUUGUCGCUAACCACAUGGGCGACGGCGACAUUUCGACCUAUAGCCCCGAGCCGCUCAAUAAGGACAGCGCCUACCACUCUGAGUGCGAGAUUGACUACAGCAACCAGAACUCGAUUGAGAACUGCUGGAUUGCGGGACUUCCUGACGUCAACACGGAGUCUUCUGAUGUUCAGGCUGUCUUCUACGAGUGGAUUGGAUGGCUCGUCGAGGAGUAUGGCUUUGACGGCGUUCGCAUCGACACUGUCAAGCACGUCUACAAGGAGUUCUGGAAGCCCUUCUCCGAGGCUAGCGGCGUCUACACCAUUGGCGAGGUCUUUGAUGGCGGCGUCGACUACCUUGCCGGCUAUGAUGGUCUCUUGGGCGGCCUGCUCAACUAUGCCGUCUACUACCCGAUGAACGAGUUCUACCAGCAGACUGGCACAUCCCAGAGCCUCGCCGACAUGAUUGACGAGGUCAGCGAGAAGUUCGCCGAUCCCACUGCUCUCGGAACCUUCCUCGACAACCACGACAAUGCUCGCUGGCUCAGCACCAAGAACGACAAAUCUCUACUCAAAAACGCCCUCGCUUUCGUCAUUCUCUCUCGCGGUAUCCCUAUCGUCUACUAUGGAACUGAGCAGGGCUACUCUGGUGGGGCCGACCCCGCCAACCGCGAGGAUCUCUGGCGCAGCAACUUCAGCGAAGACUCCGACCUGUACACGGCCCUCACCGUCUUCAAUGAGGCUCGCGUUUCGGCCGGUGGUCUCGGCGGAAAUGACCACAGGCAUCUGUCCACUGAGGAUGGCGUCUACGCCUGGUCCCGCGCUGACGGUAUCCUCAUUGUCAUCACCACCAACGGAGGCUCCGGUAGCAGCGGUGACAGGUGCGUCGCCUCAGGUAUCAACAAUGGUUCCUGGAAUAUCCUUUACGGUGGAUCCGGCAAUGCUACUUCUGAUGGCAGUGGCCAGCUCUGCGUGAACAUCCAGGACGGUGCUCCCGUCAUCCUACUGGGUGCCUAG